AUGGUCCACAUCUCCAUCCACGCCCUCCGAAACCUCAAUCAUGGCGGCAGAUUCUUCCCAUACUCUGGUUAUCUCGGUCUUACAAAGCUCACCGUCGAGGGGGUCGUCCGCACCCGCGUCGACGACGACCACAAGCUGCUACCCGCGUAUAGUGUCACCGUCUCCGUUAAAUGCUACGAGGCCCGCACAAAGCUCACCUAUUGCCGUCUAAAUACCCUCGUCGAUGUCACAGACACCCUCUGGGCCAGCCCGAGCCCGCAGGAACCUGCAGAGAUUGGCGACAUGGAGCUCCCCUUUCGCAUCGUCCUCCCUUCGACCAUUCCAGGCUUUUCCACUCUUUCCUUUCCAGAUUAUAAAGUAUUUUGGAGACUCGAAGCAACAAUCAAUCACCCUCAAAUGUUUGGUCUCGGCGUCUGUCAGACGAGAAAUUACGAUCUCGGAUUCACUCGCUACGACGUCCAGCAACGUCUUCCGCCCGUCUUGAAUCCAUCAUCAUCAUCACCUCAUCCUGGCUUUCUCUUUCAUCCUUCAACCCCACGCGUCGGUCCGUUUUACUAUCGCAUUCAAGCUCCCGACCAUCCGCUCGGUCCAGGUGACGACCUCCCAGUGAAAAUAGCGUUUCUGUUCGAAAAGGGCACCCCAGCCAUUCGCAUCCAGACCGUGUCCGUCACUCUCCAACGCAGACUGGAACUGUUUGAAGCAGCAGGUGGUCCGAGCACGACAGAACUCCCCUCAGGUGGCCAGUCCCCUUACAGUUUCCAAGACGCCUCAUCUUCAACUUCGCUACUCAGUGGCUCUCGCUCAUCUCCAAACCUUUCCUCCCAGACCCUUUCACGCAAACGAUCAACCUCUCCCCCUUGCAGCGUCGUCCUGCCCUCAAAGUCUAUCAGCUCGCCCAUUGUUUCUGCUCAAUCGUCCGAUUUUUAUCAAAACGAGCCAGGCCGUCUCGAUGCCACUGUAUCUCUUGCGCUACCCGCACGACCUGCUCCAAGUCAAUGGCCGAUCGGAGAGUCUCUCAAGACAGACUUGGCAAGCAUCCGAUUCGAUUUACUCAUCAAGCUCAACAUCUCAUCCUCUUCUGGUCCGACCGAGCUGAGCUUGCAACCUUUAGAGAUCAAUCUAUCCCCCAUAUCACAGGAGCAGCGGCUAGUUGCUACAACAAAGAUUGCAAAGAAGCGCGCUGCCCGCGCAAAAUCUGCCGCUAGUUCUAGGAGAGCUUCCCCAGCGCCUUCGACAUCUGGUAGUAGCAAAGCCGAACCAGACACCCCUCCCCCGAUUCCCAAAGCACCUUCCGUCGAAGGGUUUUCGUUCUUUAAUCAAACCACUGCUGCUGCCUCGUCCCGUCCAAAGCGACAGGCGGAAGAUAGCCUACCCAGAGGUCGUGCCUCGUCAAAACGUCGAGCAGCCCCAGCUGAAGAUUCUUCACACGCUUUACGGUCCCCACAGUCUCGUGAUUUAGCUGCCCCUGUUGCUACACCAUUCAUCUUGCCCGACGUCGCAUCUCCUUCACUUCGACGGGCGCCUUCCACAGCCAUUCGUGCUUGGGAAGAAGAGCUCGAGCGAAUAGCGGUCAGUAGCAAGCGAAAGACGGAGAAUAUGUGGGGUGAGUCUGCCACAGACUCGGGACACGCCGUCAGGGCGCGAUCGACACGUCCACCACGGCCACGAAGGAGUACGGUGACUGCUGCCACUUACACCUCUUUUAAUUCUUCUUGA